UUUGGAGAUCGGCUUCGGCUACGGCUUGGCAGACAUUUUUUUCUUUCUACAAUUUUAAAUUAAAUUUAUUAGAAUAAAUGCUUCGAACACACGCGAUCUAAGUACCUUUUGUGUUUAUUAUACCUUACCUACCUAGGUAUAAAAAGAGUACUUACGUAGAUUUUCUUUUAUUAACUGUUUUAUACGAAGAUCUUGAUCUCUCAAAUUAGCAUCCAUUUUACUUCCAGUGAUUAUCAACUAAAUUAAUAAUCCACAAAGUAUUAAAUAACGUUUUUAUGAAAUAUUUAGCACAAAAACAAUACCCUUUAAAUAUCGAUCGUCAGUAACUGUGGCUGACUUACCUAUAUUCUAGCAAGCAGGACUGCCAGAUGUGAAGGGGAAAUCCCCAAUAAAUUGUUGCAUGUGACUGAUGAUGUGAGCAUGUUCGUUUCAUAAUAAAAAUGUUGCCAGGUAACCAAAAAGUCGUAUGUUUUUGUGCGAAUUACGAUCAUAAUCUUUACGAUCGUACAUUAAAAAAUAGACAAAUAAUAGUAUGAGUACGAUUUAAAUCGUAUAUCUGUCAACCCUGCUAGCAAGACAGCGACAAAAUCACGUUGCAUAACAAUGUAGCCCAAGCUUAUAUCUUAUGAAAUAUACGGAAGAGAUACGGACUUAGAAAAAACAGAAAUGUUGUUCUUUGUGGAAGUCAUUGAUGAAAUUCUAUGUAUUUUAGCCCGCAAACUUUCUUCAAACAAAAACAGCGCCAUCUAGUAUCGAGUUCUGUAAUUAUCUCUUUGUUUAUGGAUUUGAAGUAAGACCGCCACGCAUGCAAUACAUUAUGACUGGGGAUUCCCCUAUUCGUCGACGCUGAAUAUGAGGCGACGACAAUCACUGUCAAACGUGUUCACUAUUACUCUGACUCUGGUAACGUGACUUCCUGGUAACGUGUUAGGUAGGAAAAGCAGUAAAAAAGUGCAUAUUAAGGGAGCAGAUUUGAAAUAAUAUUUAUACUUAACAAGAAAUAAUUAAAGGUUCAAUGGGGAGACCUAAAGAUUUACGCAUAUGGGAGCACUACCGUACUUUACCAAACAAGUCUGUUUCUUGCAAGCUUUGUAAUAAGGUCUACAAAUUCAGUAAUGCUGCCAAAAUGCUUCAACAUCUUAUCACUUGUCCAAAAUCUCCAGAAACAUUAAAAGACUCUAUGAAACUUAUAAAAGAUAGCUCGUCCAAAACCAAAAUGUCUGGACUGUCAGAGAUAGAGACAAAUGAUUCUUUUAUAAGCCCCUCGUCGUCUGCUAACACUACAAUAAAUGCUGAGUUUCAAGACACCGAUGAUCAUAUAAAAACAGAAUUAGCGAGAGCUAUAUUUGUAACAGGGACGCCAUUAUCGAUGGUGCAACAUCCUUUAUGGAUACAAUUUUUCGAAAAAUUGCAACCAAAAUUUAAAAUACCUUCACGUAAAGCUUUAGCGACAAAAUACUUAGAUAAAAUAUAUAGAGAAAUGCGUUUUGAGUUAAAUGAGGAACUAAAUGCUUGUAGUUACUUACACCUUCAGUGCGAUGGCUGGUCUAAUUUAAGAAAUGAAGGAAUAAUAAACUUUCUUAUAUCAAAACCUCAACCUGCAUACGUUAAAAGUUUGAAUACAGAAAGUAAUCCUCACACUAGUGAAUACCUUAGCCAAGAAGUUGAAAAAGUAAUGAAAGUGUAUGGAGCAAAUAAGUUUCUUGUACUUAUUGGCGAUAACGCUAGAAAUAUACAAAAGGCAUUCGAAUUAACAAAACUCAAAUAUCCACAUGUUGUUCCUCUCGGUUGCUGUGCACAUAUCCUUAACUUGUUGUGCCAAGAUAUUGUAAAGAUACAAGAAGUAACUGUGUUUAUUAUGCAAGCCAUAAAUAUAAUAAAAACUGUUAAAAGGAGUCAACGAUUAAGUUCCUUGUUGAUAAAAUCAAGGCAGGGUGAAGAUUCUACACAAACACUAAAAUUGCCUUGUGCUACAAGAUGGGGAAGUCAUGUUACUUCGUUAAAAAGUUUGAAAGCAAAUAAGAUAGCUUUGCAAAUAUUAACAGUUAGAGAAGAUGUGGUAAUUUCAAGAGAUAUUAAAGAUUUAAUUCUAAGUGAUGAUUUCUGGACGAAGACAGGGGAAUGUAUAAGUAUUUUGGAACCAGUCACUGAAAGCAUAUUUUACUUAGAGAGCGACCAGAAUCGUUUGCAUCGCACAUACAUUACAUUUAGAGAUGUACAAGCUAAGAUACGUUUUGCAUUAAAUGAGAUUUCGACAUUGAGCGAAGAAAGCAAACAGCAGAUUCUAACAUCAGUAUCUUCAAGAUGCAAUAUGGCAAUGAGGCCAAUACAUUUUGCAGCAUAUAUUCUAGACCCCAGGACUCUAAGUCGAACUUACUCAAGAGGAAGAACUUAAGGGUAUGGAGUUUAUCUACAAUUUAAGCCAACACUUAAGUUUGUCAAAUGUAAUGGCAGAUUUGGCGUGUUAUAAAGCUAAAGAAAACUUUUGGGCCAGAGGAUUUGUAUGGAGCUCAUUAGAUAGCAUUGAGGCCCUAAUAUGGUGGAAAGGUAUUUGUGGUUCCACUGAGUUAAGCAAAGUAGCGAUUCGUAUUCUAUCAGCUCCCUGUACUUCGGCAGCCACUGAGCGUUCCUUUAGUAUCCAAGGCUACAUACAUAAUAACAAAAGAAAUCGACUUACAACUGAAAGAACUGAAAAAAUUUCAUUCAUUUGUUAUAACUGGAAUCUUAAACAUAAAGCUGAAUGCGAGGACAUUCAGUUUAAUGAAGAAAAUACCUUAGAAGCUUUCAUUGAGCAAGUAAAUGAACAUAACAGUUUAGACGAAAUAGAGCCUAUCGAACCUAUACAAUUCAUCGCUUGUAAUAACUCUGAAUCUGACAGUGAUUGACUGUAGUUUUACAUUUUACUUUCAUCUCUUUCUUAAUAAACUCAAAAUCAAAUUAAAAGUUUUUUAUUCUGUAGGCUGCAUAAUAAUAUUGUCUAUGUCCAGUAUAGUGGACGUCUUGCGGCUGAGAUGACGAUGAUGAAGUACAAAAUCAUAAACACCCAAAAAUUUGGGUGUUUAUGGGGUUUAAACCCAAUAAACCCAAAACACCCGGUUUUUACCCACCAGACUUUAAACCCACCCAGGUGGAUUGCCCA